AUGUCCUUCUUUAAGACUCUGGUUGCGGCUGUUGCCCUUCUGGGCACCGCACAGGCUGCCGGUGUCACUGGCAGCGCUGUUGGUUUCGCAUCUGGCACGACUGGCGGCGGUAAUGCCGCUGCUGCUGCGCCCAGUGAUAUCACCGAGCUGACCAAGUGGCUCGGGGACAGUACUCCUCGUACGAUUCUCAUCGACAAGGAGUUCAACUACCUCGGCAGCCAGGGCAAGUGUACCGACUGCAAGUGCUGCAUUCCCGAUUCCAACACCUGUGGCAGUGCCGGUCAGAAUGCCAUUGACAACUCUGACUGGUGUGGCUCUUACCCUACUACCACUUGUACCUAUGACAAGGCUGGUCUGGAGGGCAUCACCGUGGCCUCCAACAAGUCGAUUGUUGGCGUUGGCAGCGAGGGUGUUAUUCGCGGCCGGGGUUUGCUGAUGAAGAACGGCGUUAGCAAUGUUAUCAUCCAGAACAUUCACAUCACCGAGCUGAACCCCCAGUUCAUCUGGGGUGGAGAUGCCAUCACCCUGGAUGGCACUGACAAGAUUUGGAUUGACCAUGUCAAAGUCUCGCUCGUUGGUCGCCAGAUGUUCGUCUCUGGAUACAAGUCUGCCGGCAAGGUGACCAUCUCCAACUCCGAGUUUGACGGCCGGACAAGCUGGUCCUCCUCCUGCGACGGCCACCACUACUGGACCGUUCUCGGCUACGGAAAGGGUGACCACGUCACCUUCACAGGCAACUACAUCCACCACACCUCCGGCCGAUCCCCGAAGCUCGAAUUCGCCAACUACUGGCACGCCUACAACAACUACUGGUUCAACAACACUGGACACGCCUUCGACGUCGGCGAGAACGUCAACGCCUUCAUCGAAGGCAACGUCUUCCACCAAGUCGACACCCCAAUGCUAACCGACAGCUCCCCCGGCGCAACCUUCGCCGUAAGCACCGACACCCAAUCAAGCUGCAAGUCCGCCCUCGGCCGCACCUGUGCAGCCAACACCCUCGUCCAAUCCGGCAAGCUCUCCGCCUCCGACGACUCCGUGCUAAGCAACUGGCCCACCGAGACCGGCGUGAACGUCAUCGAAGCCAGCCGCGUGCGCUCCUCCGUCCUCUCCAACGCCGGUACUGGAAAGCUGAGCAACAGCUCCAAGCGCCGUCGCGAGUUCCCAUUCGCGCCGACCCUGCCCAUCCUCUCUUCUGCUGGCCCUGGUGCUUCUGCUCUCGGACCCCGCCCCACUUGGGGCUGGAAAACCGUCGGUGCCCAGCCUUCUGUUACCCCUUCGGCUACUCCCGAGCCUCUGCAGACCCCUGGCUCUGGGCAUCGUCAUGGACACGGACAUGGACAUGGUGGAUUCGGUGGAUUUGGUUGGUUCUAA